AUGGAAAAUAAAGAGAAUAAUAAUUCAGAAAAUAUUUCAUCUUUAAAUAAGGAAGAAGAAAAUAAAAUGGAAAUUAUGGAGACUGAAAAUGUUGAAAAUAUUGAAGAACAUGAGCCUUUGACUACCAAGGUCUAUUACUAUGUAGAUGAUCAAAAAAUGCCUUAUUCAACAGAAGUCCCUGUUCCACCUUCAAAAAUUACUUUGUAUGAUUUUAAGAAUUGUAUAACUAAACGAAGCUAUAAAUAUUAUUGUAAAAUUGUGGAUGCUGAAUUAAAUGCGUUUGUUUUUUUUUCAAAUUUUUGUUUUUGA